UAGUCCCAUGUAGAUCUUGCAGUCCCACGUAAACGGCUCCCCUCUGCCCCCUACAACACACAUACAGGCAUGCACACUACUUCCGCUUCCAGCUCGUGCGGCCCUCCCUUUCCUAUACGGGCCCCGCCCCCUUGACGUGACGUCAUACCGAGCAUUGUACACGCGGCCUCCCGGAUGGAGCUGUACGAUGAGCUGCCCGAGCCGCCGCGGGCUCCAGCCCCCGCAGGAUCUCCAUCUCACCCCCGGCCUCCAAAUGGUAACUCUAGUGUGAAGCGGAGAGCAGAAGCGAGUGGCUUGGACGACUGUCAGAGCGCGCACCAGGAAAAGAAAGUUUGUAAAGAAAUUCUGUCUUUAAAAGCUCAUGUAGCAGAAAGGAGGGGAGAAAGGGAAGAGCUACAGGAUGCCCACACUAUUUGUGAUCUUAGCGAGGAGUGUCGGCCAAUCGUAACUAACAUAUCUCGACUUGCCUUCUAUGCAGUAUUUGAUGGUCAUGGUGGGAGUCGGGCAGCACGAUAUGCGGCACACAAUCUGCACCGGAAUCUUGUUAAAAAGUUACCACGGGGAGACAUAGGCGUUGUGGACAAGGCAAUAAAGAAGAGUCUGCUCGAUGCUUUCAAGCUGACUGAUGAAGAGUUUUUGAAGCAGGCAGCCAGCCAGAAGCCAGCAUGGAAAGAUGGCACAACAGCUAUCUGUGUAGUGGUGGCCGAUAACGUCCUCUAUAUUGCCAAUCUUGGGGACAGCAGGGCUGUGCUCUGCAGAAUGAAUGAAGAAAAUCAGAAACCUACAGUUUUGAGUUUGAGUAAAGAACACAAUCCCAACCAGUAUGAAGAGAGGAUGAGAAUCCAGAGGGCUGGAGGAAAUGUGAGAGAUGGGCGAGUCCUUGGGGUGUUGGAGGUAUCGCGUUCCCUAGGAGAUGGGCAGUAUAAACGGUGUGGUGUAAUAAGUGUCCCAGAUGUGAAAAGGUGUCCACUUGCUGACAGUGACAGGUUUGUUUUAUUGGCCUGUGAUGGCCUUUUCAAAGCUUUCUCAGCAGAAGAAGCUGUCAAUUUUGUCCUUAGCUACGUACAAGAUGAAGACUCACAAACAGAAGACAUGGUUGCUCGAUAUGAAUCUGCCUGCCACCGCCUUGCAAAUGAAGCUGUGCGGCGAGGAGCUGCCGACAAUGUCACUGUGCUUAUAGUGCAGAUACUGCACUGAUGUUGUGGUUGGGGGGGGGGGGGGUUUAAUUAUAAAAAAAAAAAAAAUUGUAAAGGCCAGGUCCACACGUGGUUAUGAUGAUGGUGGUGUUACAGCAAGCAUUAUCUAGAAGUCAUGGCAAAAGUACACAUCCUUAGACAUGGAGAGGGUUAUUUAUUUAUUUAUUUUUUUCCCUGGCCUUUUUCGUUGAAGUCAUGUAAUGCUGUACCAUGAUAGACUUGGAAAUAUUCUCAAUUAACUUGGCAAAAUUUUUACCCUCAUCUGGAAAAAAAAAGUAGCAGAAAAACACCCAAACCUGAAUGUGUGGACCGUUGUUUAUCUUGGAUUGGGAAUAAACCUCUGAAGCUUUUGUCCAUCCAACACUUGUUGAACACCGUGCCAUAAGGAAAGCUUUCACUGAAAUAUUGGGACUUUACAUAUCUGGAUUUAUAUGAAGGCAAAGAGAUGCUAUUUAAGUUUGGAAGCCUGUGAGAUAUACAUUAUACAGAGGGCUGCUAUGGAGGACCUUUUGGUGGUGAUAUAUCUGUGACUAUGUUGAUUUUAUGCUCCUAUAUAUUUCAGUAAAUGAUUUGACAUUUCAUUUACAUUUACUUGGAUCUUGUUUCAGUGUUUAAGAUAAUCCACUGUUGUUGUUAUGUUUUGUUUUUUUUUUGUUUGUUUUUUGUAUUUUCCAAACUCCCUGAAUGCUAUUAUAGUGUUUAGAUCUAAUUAGCUUUAGUUUAGCUUUUUAUCAUUGAAGUAACAUAUCAAGAUAAACUUACUGUUACAAUUGUGGGACAUGGCUACUACUCAGCCCUGCACUGUCACAUUGUAAGACCUCUGGUAUGUCAGUGAUAUGUCGAAGGUGGUCCGGGUGCUGAGACCCACCACCAAUCACUAAAUCAUAUUGCCAGACUUGCUUAGCUGAGAGCUGUUCCCUUUCACUUCUGUCUGGCUUUACUCUGAGAGCAGCACAAGUAGUGUACAGAUUUCUAGAACUGCUGUAGACUUUCUAUAGACUUUACAUCAUACAUCUCUCACACCAUCCUUUGAUUACAGCUAGGGGGUGCUAAGCAUAAAAAUAUGGGUACAGGACUCUGCUGAAUGCUUUUGCCCAUUUGUUUUAGCAGUCAGAGGAAGCAGACUGCCACUGAUCAAAACUUACGACGUCUCAUUUUGACAUAGCACAUCUUUUUUUCUAUCACUUUUAAGAAAAAAAUUUGACAUAUUAAAAAAUAUCUUAAGAGUGCACUUUUGUCUUGAAACCCGAUACAGUUCUUCUUAUUAAAUCAUUCUCAUCCACAUAACAAUGCCAUAUUCAUGAAACCACUACCUUUGUUAUCAGUGAAUUUAUACAAAAGAAACCCUGCAUCCUUAUAAUGUAGGCAUCCUAUUAUAGAGCAGGAGGAGCUGAGCAGAUUGAUAUUUAAUUUUGUAUGGAGAAGGUUCAGUAUACCUUGUAUUCAUGUAAUUGUCUACUUAUUUUUG